CUGAAUUUCCCCAUUUGCCCGUUUGGUAGCCUCCUCUCCGCGAACAACAUGAGCUUCACAAUAGAGGAGGAGUACUACGUGCCCCCCGAGGUGCUCUUCAAUGCCUUUACAGAUGCCUACACGUUGACGAGGCUCUCCAGGGGUUCCCCCGCCGAGACGGAUGCCAAGGUUGGGGGGAAGUUCUCCCUGUUCGCGGGGAGCGUUUACGGGGAGUUUGUCGAAAUUGAAAAGCCAAAGAAAAUUUUUCAAAAGUGGAGGUUCAGGGACUGGUGCGAGGAUGACUACAGCACAGUGACGUUGGAGUUUAGGGCAGUGAAGGAAAACCACACGUUGCUUAAGCUGACGCAGGAAAGCAUCCCCUCGAAGAAUAAGUUUGACGAAGGAGGCGUCCUGGAGCGAUGCAGAAACGGAUGGACCGAAAAUUUACUGCACAACAUAGAGGUGAUACUGGGGUACCCGAAGAAGAAGUAGCCGCGGCGGUGGAGAGGCUGGCGUGGAUGCGUUGGAUUCUUCGAUGCGUUCUCCGCCCUCCCCGUAGGACACACGAAAACGUUCCCAUGGCGUGUGCAGCAUCUGCAUUGUGCGUCGUCUUCGCACGGCAGUGUUUUUUUUCUUUUUUUUUAUAUAU